GGACUUGGCUAUUCUCUCUGUACAUGCUCUGUUCUCAAACUCCUCGCAACAACCCACAAACUAAUUAAGCUUCGUCCUCUUCUUCCUCUUCAACAUUAACAAGAGAGAGAUAUGGCUAAGGAAGAAGACCUUAAGAGAGUUGAUUUGAAGGUAACUGUGAACUGUUGCGAGGGGUGCAAGAGAAAGGUGGCGAAAGCAAUGAGCAUCAAAGGUGUGUUGAAAACAGAGAUACAUCCAACCCUCCCGAAGAUCACUGUUAUCGGCACCGUCGACACGAAAACACUGAUAAGGAAACUGGCGAAGAUAGGAAAGACCGCAGAAAUAUUACCCGACGAGACCCAGAAGCCAAAGAACGAAGAGAGGAGCUCCGACGACAAAGCAGAGAAAGCCGGCGAUAAACAAAAGGAAAAGGAAGGGAACUGGCCCGAGAAAAUGGCUGAUGAUAGCAAAAGCUAUGAAAAUAAAGUUGAAAAAAAGAAGGCAGAAAAGGGAAAGAAGGAAACCAAACAAGGAAAAGAGUGCUCUGUUUCUGAAGAAUCUAAAGUCAUGUACCCAACAGUUGUGGCAGCUAUUCCGCAGGUUAGUUACGGCGUAAACCGGAUUGGUGUGGUGGAAAGAAGUGUUGAUAACAAUCCAAUGGGGAUUAAUCAGCAACAGGUGUACGGUCAAAUGCAGCCUGUUAUGUUUCCCAUGCCCUAUUAUGCGGCCAUGAACGCUUACUCUGCUCCUAUGCAGUAUGGGUUUCAGUACAACGGGGCUCGUCAUGAGCCCCCGGUCUACUGCCCCUUGCCGCCACCACCGCCACCGCCGCCGCCGCCGAUGCAAUCGCCAGCUUCAGGGUUCACUGACUUCUUCGAUGAGGAUAACACUGUUGGGUGUUAUGUGAUGUGAGCAAGUAAUCCGAAUCUAUUAAUUAUUGGUGUUUUCUUUUUUUUUUUUUGUUUUCUGUGGGGUUCGGUGCUGGAUUUAGUUCAGGGAAGAGGAGAUGAGUUGAUUUGAUUUCAGCUUUAUUUCUUGUUCAAAAAUUAAAAAGAGAACUUAUCCGUCUCUCUUA